GGGGGGCCAGCGGCGCUCGCCUGGAUCCCGCCCCUUCCCCCCCGAGGCCGCACAGCCCCCGCGCCGUGCCCCGCGGGGCGCCGAGGGGGCGGCGGGCCCGGCAGGUGCGGGGCUGACCCGCUCCCCCCGCCGCGGGGCGGCCACGGGCCCGGGCGGGGUUGCGCCGCCGCGGCCGCGGAUGCAGGGGCUGGCGGGGCGCCAGCGGCACCGGCGCGGGUUGCAUCAGAAGCGGAGCCGGCUCUGUGCUCGCCGGGCGGCCGAGGGAGCCGGGGGCCCGGCGACGCUCCGAAGGAUGCUGCGGACAGCCCCCCGGCUGCUGCGGACCAUCUGCACCACGGCCGCGGCUUAUCAACAUAAACUAAAACUAGCCCUUAUAGGUCAAAGUAUUUUUGGACAAGAAGUUUAUAGCAAGCUGAGAAAAGAGGGGCAUAAAGUUGUGGGCGUAUUCACAGUGCCUGACAAGAAUGGACAAGCUGAUCCUUUGGCACUGGCAGCGGAGAAGGAUGGCACUCCUGUUUUUAAGUUCCCCAGAUGGAGAGCUAAAGGCAAGCCUAUCCGGGAAGUAGUUGCAGCCUACAAAUCAGUUGGAGCAGAGCUAAAUGUCCUUCCGUUCUGUACACAGUUCAUCCCCAUGGAUGUUAUUGACUGCCCAAAACAUGGGUCUAUUAUUUACCAUCCAUCCAUCCUACCACGCCACCGAGGAGCUUCUGCAAUCAACUGGACUUUAAUUCAAGGAGAUAAGAAAGCAGGAUUUACUAUUUUUUGGGCUGAUGAUGGUUUGGACACUGGACCAAUACUUCUGCAGCGAGAAUGUGAUGUUGGCCAAAAUGAUACUGUGGAUGACCUAUACAACCGGUUUCUCUUCCCAGAAGGCAUAAAGGCUAUGGUGGAAGCUGUACAUCUAAUUGCUGAUGGUAAAGCACCUCGUAUACCUCAGCCUAAAGAAGGGGCCACAUACGAAGGGAUCCAGAAAAAGGAAAAUGCAGAGAUCUCCUGGGACCAACCUGCAGCGGCUUUGCACAAUUGGAUUCGAGGACAUGAUAAAGUGCCUGGAGCGUGGACAACAAUAGAUGGCCAGGUGGUUACAUUUUACGGGUCAUCAUUAUUUGAUGCUUCAGUGCCUGCUGGACAAGAGCUGGCAAUAAAAGGUGCUUCAAGACCUGGACUUGUAACCAAGAAUGGUCUAGUCGUUUUUGGAAAUGAUGGGAAGAUGGUACUAGUGAGAAAUCUGCAGUUUGAAGAUGGAAAAAUGAUCCCUGCAUCUAAAUACUUCUCUGCUGAUGAAACAACUGCCCUGGAACUUACAGAGGAGGAGAAAAAGAUGGCAGAAGAUAUUAGGGCUAUUUGGAAGGGAAUUUUAACCAAUGUUGCUGCAAUUGAGAAUUCGACAGACUUCUUCAAAUCUGGAGCAUCCUCUAUGCAUGUUGUCAGAAUGCUAGAAGAGAUCAAACAGAAAUAUAGUGGACUUCAACUACAGAAUGAAGAUGUGUAUAUGGCCACUAAAUUUGCAGAUUUUAUUCAAAUGGCUGUCAGAAAAUUCAGAGGAGAAGACAAAGAGGAAGAGUUAGUAAUUGAUUAUGUUUCAAAAAAUAUUAACAACAUGACUGUGAAUAUGCCAUACCAGUGUUUCAUAAAUGGACAAUUUAUAAAUGCUGAUGAUGGAAAAACAUAUGACACUAUAAAUCCAGCAGAUGGAUCAAUAAUAGCCAGUGUAUCUUCUGCUUCACUGGCUGAUGUUGACAAGGCAGUGGCAGCAGCAAAGGAGGCAUUUGAAAAUGGUGAAUGGGGAAGAAUGAAUGCAAGGGAAAGAGGGCAACUCAUGUACAGACUUGCAGACCUGAUGGAAGAACAUCAAGAAGAGUUAGCAACAAUAGAGUCUCUUGACUCAGGAGCUGUCUACACUUUAGCUUUGAAGACUCAUAUUGGAAUGUCUGUGCAAACAUUCAGAUACUUCGCUGGAUGGUGUGACAAAAUUCAGGGUGCUACAAUUCCAAUUAAUCAGGCCAGGCCAAACCAUAAUCUAACAUUCACCAAGAAAGAGCCAAUAGGUGUCUGUGCAAUUAUUAUCCCCUGGAAUUACCCACUGAUGAUGCUUGCAUGGAAGAGUGCAGCAUGCUUGGCUGCAGGCAACACACUCGUACUCAAGCCAGCUCAGGUCACACCUCUGACUUCCUUGAAGUUUGCAGAACUCUCAGCUAAAGCUGGAUUUCCUAAGGGCGUUAUAAAUAUUCUGCCUGGUUCAGGUGGCUUGGUGGGACAGCACCUGUCUGAACAUCCAGAUGUUCGCAAAGUUGGAUUCACUGGUUCAACACCAACUGGUAAACAGAUCAUGAAGAGUGCAGCUGCUAAUCUGAAGAAAGUUUCUCUUGAACUUGGUGGUAAAUCACCAUUGAUCAUAUUCAGCGACUGUGAACUUGACAGAGCUGUAAAAAUGGGUAUGGGAGCAGUAUAUUUCAACAAAGGAGAAAACUGCAUUGCUGCUGGCAGGUUGUUCGUGGAAGAAUCAAUCCAUGAUGAGUUUGUUAGUAAAGUGGUUGAAGAAAUAAAAAAGAUGAAAAUUGGUGACCCACUUGACAGAUCUACAGAUCAUGGUCCACAAAAUCACAAGGCACAUUUGGAAAAGCUGCUGCAAUAUUGUGAAACUGGAGUUAAAGAAGGAGCCACUCUUGUGUAUGGAGGAAGACAAGUAUGUAGACCAGGUUUCUUCAUGGAACCCACUGUAUUCACAGAUGUUGAAGACCAUAUGUAUAUUGCCCAGGAAGAGUCCUUUGGUCCUGUGAUGGUGAUUUCUAAAUUUAAAAAUGGGGAUGUCGAUGGAGUAUUGCGACGGGCAAAUGCCACAGAAUAUGGCUUAGCUUCAGGAGUUUUCACAAAAGACAUAAGCAAAGCUCUCUACGUCAGUGAAAAGCUAGAAGCUGGAACAGUUUUUAUUAACACAUAUAACAAAACUGAUGUGGCAGCACCAUUUGGUGGAUUUAAGCUGUCUGGCUUUGGGAAAGAUUUAGGUGAAGAAGCUCUUCAUGAAUAUCUCAGAACCAAGGCUAUCACUGUGGAAUAUUAAAGUAACAGCUUCACUUGGGAAGUAAACUUUCAGCAGAGUUUGAAUCUUGAUGACUACAUGAAGCACUCAACACCAUGCCUAGGAUAUGCUGUCUGCAGUGCUACAACUAAGCAAACAAAACAAAACACUCAUUCCAUGGAUAAAUUUCUAUAAAUCAAAUCCAAAC